GGAAACUUUGAGAAUCGUGUUCUAUCUAUGGACGAACGAAUCUCCGUCCACGUAUAAAUAUCUUUUAAAUGGCCGGCCUCGGCCAUGGUCUUCUCCGACGUUCUCCCGCCGCUCCGCUUCCUCCUCUCUCCAAGGGUUAGGGUCAGGGUCAGGGUCAGGGUUUCCUCCACCGCUUCCACUCCCCAUCCGCCGGUAGCGGAGACGAAGGAGGCAACACCACCACCGGGGGCGGCGAUGGAGUGGUCGGGGAACAAGGUGAGGGAGACCUUCAUCUCGUUCUUCGAGAGAAAGGAGCACGUGAACUGGCGUUCGAGUCCGGUGGUGCCUUUGGACGAUCCCACCCUCCUCUUCGCCAACGCCGGGAUGAACCAGUUCAAGCCCAUCUUCCUCGGGACCGUGAAUCCGGCGAACCCCCUCGGCAAGCUCACCCGGGCCUGCAACACCCAGAAGUGCAUCCGCGCCGGCGGGAAGCACAACGACCUCGAUGACGUCGGCAAGGACACCUACCACCACACCUUCUUCGAGAUGCUCGGCAACUGGUCCUUCGGCGACUACUUCAAGCGGGAGGCCAUCUCCUGGGCCUGGGAGCUUCUCACCCAGGUCUAUAAGUUGCCUGCAGACAGGAUCUAUGCCACCUAUUUUGGUGGCGAUGAGAAGGCUGGUCUUGCAGCUGAUACUGAAGCAAAGGAGAUAUGGCUAAAAUUUUUACCUCCUGGACGAGUAUUGCCCUUUGGUAGUAAGGACAAUUUCUGGGAGAUGGGCGAUACUGGCCCUUGUGGGCCUUGUACUGAGAUUCAUUUUGAUCGCGUUGGUAACAGAGAUGCUGCUUCGUUGGUCAAUAAUGAUGAUCCUACUUGCAUUGAAAUCUGGAACCUCGUGUUUAUUCAGUUCAAUAGGGAAGCUGAUGGCAGCCUAAGGUCUUUACCUGCGAGACAUGUCGAUACUGGAAUGGGUUUUGAACGUUUGACUUCAAUUCUUCAGAACAAAAUGAGCAAUUAUGACACUGAUGUAUUCUUUCCCAUAUUUGACGCUAUCCAGCAAUUGACAGGGGCUCAGCCAUACUCUGGAAGAGUCGGGCUAGAUGAUGUUGACAAAGUUGAUAUGGCUUACAGAGUGGUUGCUGAUCACAUAAGGACUCUUUCUUUUGCUAUUGCGGAUGGUUCUCGUCCUGGCAAUGAGGGACGGGAGUAUGUUCUUAGACGUAUUCUUCGACGUGCUGUUCGUUACGGCAGGGAAGUUCUAAAAGCACAAGAAGGAUUUUUUAGCUGUCUUGUAGGCAUUGUUGUGAAAGUGAUGGGUGCUGUAUUUCCGGAGCUUAAGCAAUAUGAGGCCAAUAUUGAAGAAAUUAUUGCAGAGGAAGAAAUAAGUUUUGGGAAGACACUAGUAAAGGGAAUUGAGAAGUUUAAAAGGGCUGCUCAGGAUGUCCAGGGGAACAUAUUGAGUGGUCAGGAUGCCUUUAUUUUGUGGGACACCUAUGGUUUUCCGAUGGAUUUAACUCAGCUAAUGGCAGAAGAAAGAGGACUAACAGUCGAUGUCGAAGGUUUUAAUGUUGCGAUGGAAGAAGCCAGACAAAAGGCUAGGUGUGCUCGGAACAAGGCAGUUGGUGACACUAUUGUAAUGGAUGCCGAUGCUACAUCAGAGUUGCAUAGGAAGGGUAUCGCUACAACAGAUGACAAUUACAAGUUUAUCUGGCACCAGGACCAUGAAAGUGCGAUCAAAGCUAUAUACACUGGUGCUGAGUUCCUUGAAACUGCCUUUGCUGGAGCUGAUGUUGGUCUUGUUUUGGAAAGUACAAGUUUCUAUGCUGAACAAGGCGGUCAGAUAUACGACACCGGGUCAAUUGAAGGAUUGUUUGGAUCAUUUCAAGUUAGUAAUGUUCAAGUUUAUGGAGGUUUUGUACUUCACAUAGGAUCAAUUGCUGGAGGGGCCAAGGCUUUUUCAGUUGGCGAUCAAGUGAUAUGUAAGGUUGACUAUGAGAGGCGUACCUUAAUUGCUCCUAACCACACAUGUACUCACAUGCUCAAUUUUGCUCUCAGGGAAGUUCUUGGUGAUCAUGUUGAUCAGAAGGGCUCCAUUGUUCUCCCUGAAAAGUUGCGUUUUGAUUUCUCCCAUGGAAAACCUGUUCAUCCCGAAGAUUUGAGAAAAAUUGAGUUAAUUGUGAAUCAGCAGAUUAAAGAUGAAUUAGAUGUAUAUGCAAGUGAAGCAAGCCUUGCUGCUGCAAAGCAGAUAACUGGACUAAGAGCAGUCUUUGGAGAAAUCUAUCCUGACCCAGUUAGGGUUGUGUCAAUUGGUCGUAAGGUGGAAGAUCUCCUUGCAAAUCCUGAUAAUAAACAGUGGUUAUCCUAUUCUACAGAACUAUGUGGAGGGACCCAUAUAUCAAAUACUCGAGAAGCUAAGGCAUUUGCCCUUCUGUCUGAGGAGGGAAUUGCUAAGGGAAUUCGGAGAAUAACAGCUGUCACAACUGAAUGUGCGUUCAAGGCAAUCGAGUUGGCAUCAUCUCUUGCUUCUGAAAUUAGUGAUGCAUCCAAAUAUGAAGGAAGCCUGCUUGAGAAGAAAGUUGCUUCUCUGAAAAGUAAGAUAGAUGCAGCGGCUAUUCCAGCAGCCAUAAAAGCAGAUCUCAGAGCCAAGACCUCCCAGCUGGAGGAUCAAAUUAGAAAGGCAAAAAAGAAGAUUGGUGAGGAAAAUAUCCAGAAAGCAAUUAAAGCUGCAACCAAGAUUGCAGAAGCUGCUGCUUCUGAAGGAAAAGCUUUCUGUAUAAGCCGAGUGGAUGUAGGUCUUGACACCACUGCUGUUAGGGAAGCUGUUCUGAAAGUCAUGGAUCAAAAGGCAUUAGCUAUAAUGGUGUUCAGCACGGAUGAAACAUUGAACAAGGCAGUGGUGUAUGCUGGAGUGCCUAAAUCAAAGGAUGGCCUGGUAGUGUUGGAGUGGCUGACUGCUGCUAUGGGGCCUCUGAAGGGAAAAGGUGGUGGUGGGAAGAAUGGUAUUGCUCAGGGCCAGGGAAGUGAUGCUUCUCGUGUGGAUGAGGCUAUGGACGUGGCCUCAAAGUUUGCUUCAAUGAAGUUGGGGUCGUAAAUAACAUUGGAGUGUAUGCCAGCCGAUAAAGGCUACUAAUUAAUCUUUGCUUGCUACAAUGAAUUACCAGAUAGCAAAAAUUUACAGUUCAUUACAGAAGCAAAUGGAAAACUGAUUUAUAGGUUGGAUUUAUGCACAAUGCCUCAACAAGUUGGGCUCAGCGACAUAUCUACAUAUUGAUGGUAUGGGACAUGAGCAAAUUCACCGUCAUCUAAUUCAUUUUUUAAAUUCUUUAGACGUUUGCCUGGUAAUACGCCUGGUAAUCAAAUGAUUCGAAACAUUUUUUGACCUCA